ACAGUGUGUACUCGCAAGACAAAAGCCCUCGCAAAACCUAAGAAGCUUUCGAACCGAAGUGAAGCGAAGUGCAAAGACUGAGACAGAGACAGAGAGACAAAGAGGCCAUGACGCAAGACGAUGGUAAGAGGAGGAAGAAGCCGAACAUACUAGUGACGGGAACACCAGGGACUGGCAAAACGACGACGUCCUCGGCCUUAGCAGAUGCUACCCAGCUCCGCCACAUCAACGUUGGAGAUUUGGUCAAGGAGAAGAACCUCCACGAGGGUUGGGACGAACAGCUUGAUUGCUACGUCAUCAACGAAGACCUCGUAUGCGAUGAGCUAGAGGAUUUGAUGGAAGGAGGAGGGAACAUAGUGGACUACCACGGUUCCGAUUUCUUUCCCCAAAGAUGGUUCGAUCUUGUGGUUGUGCUUCAGACCGACAAUUCUGUGCUUUAUGAUCGCUUGAGCAACAGAGGGUACUCGGAAUCGAAGCUUUCUAACAAUAUAGAAUGCGAAAUAUUUGGCGUUCUGCUGGAGGAGGCAAAAGAAAGCUAUGCUGAGGAUAUUGUGGUGGCAUUGAAGAGUGAUAACAUUGAAGACAUUUCAAAAAAUGUGUCUAAUUUGAGUGAUUGGGUGAGAAAUUGGCAACACCCACCUGCCUAGUGUUUUUUUUUUUCUUUUGUAUUUUUUGGUAGUGUUAUGUUAACCAUGGGGGGCAUUAUCUGUAUAACAACAAUGCUUGUUGAAACUCUGUUUUUGGGUAGAAAUUGUUAAUGGAAGAACCUUUUUUUAGUUUUGGGUACUGAUUUAAGAAGUCUGUUUUAAUUUUAAUUUUUGUUUUUAUUUAUUUAUUGUGCUCAACAAUGCUUGUUGAAACUCUGUUUUUGGGUAGAAAUUGUUAAUGGAAGAACUUUUUUAGUUUUGGGAACUGA